AUUUAUUGAACGUUUCUUCACAUUAGUGCUCACUCGAGUGCGCCACACACGCAGGGAGCGAGACACACACUGCAGAGCUCUCGGUCACAGCGCGCGCAGCCGGAUCGUUCCAAAUUUAAAAUUCGAAUGUAACAGCAGCGGCGGGAUGCGACAUUAUAUCCGUCUGUCGGCGCUUUGAUCAACGCACUACCCGAAGGAUGGAGAGGAAACUUUGCUGAACUUACAGCUGAUUUUUCAUUUACUUUGCUUCAGACAUGGAGAGCUGACAGCUGAACGCGUGCAAGCGGAAGUACGACGACAGACAGCCACAGGAGCCACUAGAUCUACACAUCAGGCGACGCUUUUAGGCCAUAGCAGCUGUCCUCAGUCAUGGCUGCUUACGGACAGACGCAGUACAGCCCCGUGUUACAGCCGGCCGGUCCGUACACACCGUACACACACCACACACAGAGCUACAGCAUGACGCCCUACAAUAUUAAAACAGAAGAUGGCCUGAGUCAUUCCCCAGGACAGAGCAGUCUGCUGGGAUACACAUCCAACUUCAGCGGCUCUCCACCCGCUCAGACGCUCUACAGUUACUCCACACACGGCGGCAGCAUUUCUUCUGGAAUUUUCCAGGGUGCGAACAGCAUCACAGGCUCAACACCGUUCAGUCCUGCUCAGCAGGACUUCUCAGCGUAUUCUAGCUACAGCCAAAGUCAAUAUUCGCCAUACUACAACACACACUACAACAGCCCAUACAUCACAACCAGCAAUAUCACACCCUCAGCCAUCGCCACGGCGAUACCCUAUCAGCACACAGAUCAUCCCGCUGUAUCGACCAAUCACAGCCCGGAAUCACACACAGAGUACCGUGCUCCCACGAGUCCUCCGACUCCAGGAAAGGAGCAGGAAGGCGCUCCAGCGAGACGCAGCUCUGAUGGGAAGCUGAGAGGCAGGAAGAGGGCCAAUGACCCCGUCCCCCCUCUGGACUCUGACAUUGAGAGAGUGUUUAUUUGGGACCUGGAUGAGACCAUCAUUAUUUUCCACUCGCUCCUGACGGGGACAUUUUCCACACGCUUCGGCAAGGACUCUGGCAAGGCUGUGUCUCUAGGCUUGUGGAUGGAGGAGAUGAUCUUCAACUUGGCCGAUUCACGUCUGUUUUUCAACGACCUGGAGGAAUGUGACCAAGUUCACAUCGAUGAUGUGGCCUCGGAUGACAACGGGCAGGACUUGAGCACGUAUAACUUUGGCACGGAUGGCUUCCAGAGUCCAGCAGGUGGAGGCACGCUCUGCCUGGGCUCAGGUGUUCACGGCGGGGUCGACUGGAUGAGGAAACUUGCCUUCCGCUACCGUCGAGUCAAAGAGAUCUACAACACCUACAAGAACAAUGUAGGAGGUUUGUUGGGCAGUCCGAAGCGGGAAGAGUGGCUUCAGCUGAGGCGGGAGAUGGAGGUUUUGACGGAUCUGUGGCUGACGCAGGCACUCAAAGCGCUCGCUCUCAUCAACUCCAGACCGAACUGUGUGAAUGUGAUGGUCACCACCACGCAGCUGAUUCCAGCGCUCUCCAAAGUACUUCUCUAUGGGCUCGGAGGAGCUUUUCCCAUCGAGAACAUCUACAGUGCCACCAAAACAGGUAAAGAAAGCUGCUUUGAGCGCGUGACCCAGAGGUUUGGUCGGAGAGCCGUGUAUGUGGUUGUAGGAGAUGGAGUCGAGGAGGAGACGGUCGCCAAGAAGAAGAACAUGCCGUUCUGGAGAGUGACGUGUCGGGCGGAUCUGGAGGCGUUGAGUCAUGCACUUGAGCUGGAUUACCUCUAGAGGGCAGCAUCUGUCCAUCUGCGCUCUCCCCACCCCACCCCCCGAAUCACAUGACCCAGCCAAGAACUGCAGGACCAAUCAGCAGGGAGCAGCAAUCUUACUGGAAACGUUUGCUUCAAAUCAAUCCAAGAAAAACGCUCUUGUCUUUUUCUCGCGCUCCACCUGAGAGGCUCAGCUCUUUCAUUCACUCACUUUUCCUCACAACAGCACUGCACUGAAAACAAAGACCCUUCAGCGACUGAUUCAGAAAGCCUGUGUUCGGAAUGACAUACUAUCACACUACUCAUGCUAUUUCUGCAGUAUAUACUGUAUAUAUACCGUGCACAGUGUGUGCAUUUUGUUUGUGCAGAAAUCCAGAUGAAAGUGGAACACAACGCAUGGAUAUCCCAGAAUGCAAUGCACUUGACUUUUUACAGCUCAUCUUCCGACUGCUAAAUAAUGAAAAUCAUUCCCACAAAAAGUCAUGGUGACAAUAAUGCAGCCAACUACUGUUUGAAAUGUUUAUCAUAAUGCAAAAUGUGUGCUAUUUUUUAUAGUAAGCAGUAUACAGUGUAAAGGGUGCAGUAUGCUGGAAAGUUUGUUAGUAUUGUUUUCUGAACAUAGGCAUUCUGAAACAACCCAUUUUGAGGAUGAAAGGGCAGUAAAAAUAGAAGAUUUUAGCAUAAAAAAAAAUACGAUUUACAAUUCUUACCACAUUAAAUCAUGUAUGAAGUACAGAAACGUGAAGAGAAAAAUAAAAUAAAAGAUUUGAUCAUUUUAUGUAAUCAGAACUGAGAUUUUUCUUGCAAUAUCAUACAAAAUUUAUUUAAUAUUGCACCAUACGCAGGAAUAAUCCAAUAUAUGUUAAUUAAAUAAAAAUGCAUUAAAAAUAAGAUUUGUACUAAAACUGCAGAAAAACUAACCCCUUCACUUUUUGAGUACUGAGUACUGCAAAUCCACUUAUUUUAAUGGAAACCCCUGACGUGAUUUAAAAAUGAACUAACCAUUAAAUUAGCCCAAGUAUUGUAGUAAAUGAUACUGCUACUGGUACUAAAAAGAAAAGACAUGAUUAACUUAUGAAUGUCAGUGUCCUGUGAGUUUCUGACUUAUCUUCCUCUUUCUCUCUGAAGUUUGCCUGAACAUCAUGAGGUUUGUUACUGAUGUAUAUUUGUUACUUUUUUCCAAAUUGAUAUACUGUACUGUACUGUAUGUGCCGCUCUGACCUGCAUGUGCUCUUCUUACAACCUCUUCUGUUCGCUAUGAUUUGUAUAUAAGGUUUUAUUGUUGAUUAUUUCUGGGCUUACUAUACUAGAAUAAAGAUAAAUUAAUUUCA